AUGCGCGGUCGAAUACCGCUGGAAAAUGCUGUCCGAAGCGUCGGGCAGCUUCAACGCCCUUGUGCUAGAGGAUAUGGACGACGAUUCAUUCAAAUCAGCGCAACCCCGACGACGGAAUCCCCAAUACUCACUGCCGAUGUCCUCAGCAGCUCAAUUGAUGCUGCCUCGGACUCUUCAGAUGCGCGGUUUGAAGUCCUAGGCGCGCCAUAUUCUCUUUUGUCCGUUUCCUUAUCAGCUUCUCAAGAGUUGUACACCAGGAAGGGGACAUUGGUUGGAAUGAGUGGGAAAGCAGAGAAUACCAAAUCAACCUUGCGCAUGCUACCAGCUUUCCGGCGAACUCUUCUUGGCAUACCCUUUCUAUACCAGAGAAUUUCUGCAACAAGUCCCAUAACCGCUCUUAUUUCGACGAGAUCGCCUCUCACUUCUUUUACUGUAUUACAUCUUAAUGGAACCGUCGACUGGAUGGUGGCGCAACGGGGGGCAUUAUUGGCAUGGACGGGUCAUACACUUCACGUAUCUCCUGCGUUGAAUAGGGGGAUGAGUCUUGCUCAUUGGGGUAAUUCAGAGAUUACAGGGAGAGGUCUCGUUGCUUUGGCUGGACCUGGUCAGGUCUAUCAAAUUAGCCUGAAGGCAGGGGAGGAGUAUGUGGCGCAUCCGGGCAACGUCGUUGCAUACACGAUCACGCAACACCCUCCAUUGCCUUACAGACUACGCUCAUCGGAUAUUCGAUUUCAGAUUCCCAGUCUUGGAGUCGGAGGUCUGAUGCAGAAAAUAAAAUUCUUCCGGGUGAUGAAGGAGUCCGAUACCUGGAGGGCUAUCACAAACCUGAUGUUCACUUUGAGGACGGCAGCGAGAAGAACAAUAUGGGGAGAUCGAUUGUUCCUCAAAUUCCACGGCCCAACCACCAUUUUGAUGUCUUCAAGAGCAUCACGUAUCAGCGACGUUUUGACCUCGAGGGAUGUGAACGAGAUUGCCGAUACUGAAGCCGGAAUCGUCCAAAAAGCUGUCACACUGGCUAGCAAACCAAAGGAUAGCGAAGAGGGUACUGCAAAGCAGUUUACAGAUGUGCCUACGGGUUUUCAUACUGCGGAAGUUAGCCGGGAUGGCAAGGUGAAAUUUGAAGACGCUCCCUCGAUGACGAGGUAG